AUGUCAAACCGGGCGACAUCUCGACGAGAGAAGCAUCUCCGCAAAGCCGCUUUCUAUGCCGCAGAUUCGUUGUCCAUGGCUGAUAAGCUCGGAAUCACAUUUGCCGAUUUCACCAGCCGUGAGCUGCCUCUCCAGUCGGCUAUGUGUGCAUUCGAUUGUGCUCAGGUCCUAGCUGAGUGGGUUGCAACAUUACAGGACCGAGUCGGCCGCUACCUCGGGAUCCUGGGGCAGGAUGAUGUGGAUCUUUCCCAAGUACCCGCUAUUAUGCUUUUGGAGGAUGAAGAUGUCAAGCUCUUGCACAAGAUUCAAGACGUUCUAAAUGGUGCCGAAGUGAAGAUGAACAUGGAACUCGUUGCCGGCGUCGCAGGAAUGGAUGCGCGCUUGCAAAUCGGCGAAGUCACCGGCUAUGCAGCCAAGAUACUCAGGGUCACAGCCUAUAUGCUCAAUAAGGCUGCUGUGUGGCCUGUUACGCAUCUAAUGGCUCAAUGCCUUGAGACUCAUGCAAACCACAUGAGGGCGCGUGCCGAGAAAUCGGUGAUAUCUUGCGAAUGA